AUGAAGUUCCUGCUGGCCAUCAGCAUCGGGCACUUGUCCCAACUCACUCAAGCGCACCAUCACUUCCCUCACUUUGUCAUCAACGUCCAAGUUACUGGUGCACACUACCGAAGACCUACAUGGGUGAAGGCAGGCCAGGAUGUCAUUGGUUUCCAAGCAUAUAUCAACACAGAAUCAUUCCAUCCAGGCCCCUUACAGAUUUGUCUCUCCAAAGCACCGGGUGAUGUUCGCGACUACGAUGGCUCUGGUGACUGGUUCAAAAUUUACCAGCUUGAACAUCAGCCUGGCUCUACGAAUGACUUAGCAUGGCUGUCUUGGCAUAAGAAACAGUUUACCUUUAAGCUCCCCGCCGAGAUCCCGCCAGGCCAGUACCUGAUGCAAAUCGAGCAGACCACCACUCAUCCCUCCUACACAGACCGUGGGUUUUACAUUCAGUGUGCACACAUCGAGAUGACCAGCAGCUAUAACGGCUCUCCCUCACCCGGGUUCAAGAUUCCGGGGGUAUACAUCCGCGAGCAGUCAUUCUUCAAGUACCAUUGGGCAAAGCCACAGUCGACCGUUUGCCCGCUCCCUGGACCCGCCAUGUCGCCAAACAAUAACAACGUGAACAGGAUUCUCUGA